UGUGCUUAAUCAAAAUAACUAGUUUCUAAAAUCUUUAAUAAACAUUCUGGAGAGAAGAGGCUGCUUAGAUAAAGAAUUUCAAUUCUUCUUCUCAUUUUAGAUAGCCUUGUUGUUUUCAUUCCUGUUUUCUGUUAGAAGGGUGUUUCAACAAAUCCAUAAAUUAUUUAGCUUCGUUUAUGGAACUCAGGCAAAUGUACGGCACAUUGACACGCUUAAGGUUAAGGCUGCCGGUGGUACACCAAAGCAGCUGCAGAAAAUGCGCCGGCUCUCCUGUCGCAGUGGCCAAAGAGCCUGAAAUUAAGAUUCCAACGAGGAUUGAACGAGGCCCAACAGACAUAUUGAGGGCACUCUCAAAUACUGUGCAGAGAGAUUACACAGCGGCCCAUUACAAGUACCAUGACGACCCUUUCCUCAUUCCAUCGUCAAACAUUGGCAAGAGGACCUUCGCACUGGCGAAAGAAUCUGGCAAAAAGGCUGCCCACUGGAUCAUGGCGCAAAACGCAGAAUUGUUUAACGCCAACAGUGCGGAUCCAGUCAUCCCUGCAUUCCUCCCCAAAGCGGUAUUCACUGAGGAAUCUAAAGUGGCCGAAUCUGACCUUCUCUUGGCCAUUAGCAAUGCCCAAGUGGAAGAAGCCUUGCAAAUCUACGAGAUUAUGAAAAAACAAGGACUUGAUUUGUCUUUGGAAACCAGGCAAUCAUUGCUGGAGUUUCUUUGCUUUUUCAACUCGGAGGAGACGUUGCCGGAGGAGUACAUCGAGGAGCGCUGGUUCACGCAGUUCCAGAAGAAGGAAAGCAGGCAGAAGAAGUCCUGGAGAGAUUCUGGCCUGGCUCAAACGUUAUUCGACUCGAUUAAAGAGGAGGUUCAAGAGGGCCCUCAGCUGAACCGCGCCAAAUGCGCUCUUCUGAGAGGAAUGGCCAAAUACUGCCAGGCCGACAGAGGCUGGGAAAUGUACCAAACCAUGAGAAACGCAAGCGAGCCUAUCGACGUAGACACAUACAACCAAAUCUUCAAAUUGGUUGGCUUUGUAAGAGACACUGCUGAGAAGAGAAUAGCACUUGUUGAGGAAAUGCUGCGUGAGAUGAACGCCAACAGAGUGAUGCCCAACAUCGGAACCCUGAAUUCCAUCCUUGAUAUGAUCACCAGCAGUGCCGGCCUCAGCAUAACGAAAACCUUUGCAGCUAGAUUGGUCGCUGAGUUCAAAUUGUUGGGCGUGAAGCCAUCUUUGGCUUCCUACUACCACCUUUUAAACAUUUACAGCCGAGAACGUGGACCUAAGAGCGGCAUUUUGGAGGAAGUGUUAAGCAUCCUUGAAAAGGAAGGACCACUCAAAGUUCAGGACCCAAAAGACACAUUCUUCUUCCUCUCAGCGAUGGACAUCUGCAGAAACCACCUGGAAGAUCCUGCCCUUGCCAAACGGGUCCACAAACUGCUCCACGCUCAUAACAACUACGACUUCAUUGGCGAUACUUACAAGGAAAGCAUUUACUACCGUCUCUUCUUCUCGCUCUUGGUCAAACUCGAGCCGUUAGAGGACUUCAUGAAGAUCUACAACAAAUAUGUGCCCAACAUUUACAUCCCAGAGCCUUCAAACAUGGAGGACAUCGUCCGCUCAAUUGAUCUGCACGGCGCCUACGAAAUGCUGCCUCAAAUCUGGUCUGACUUGGUCACCUUCGAUCAGUGGAACCGAGAAAAUCUGGUCAUCACCUGGUUCUCCGCUGCUGUGAAGGCCAACGCCGUCGCCCCCUUUGAGUCAAUGAGCACGCAGGAGCAGGAUAAAAAGCAGCUCUACAUCGCCAUCGAACCUGAAGACAGCCAGCACUCUUUGGCCAAUGCCUUUUGCCAAGCGGCAGAGCAGUUUUCCCAAAAGAUUGAGUCGCAGCCCAAACGCUUCACCAACAAAAUUUCGUGGUCUGGCAUCAACCUGGGCAACUGCAUGAUUCUGGCAGUGAGGGCGAACAAAUACAAGUUUGCCCUGACACUGCUAAGGCAGAUGGAAAAAGAAUUCACCGGAGGUCCGCCAUCGGUCGAGUCGCUGAGGAUCUUCAUGCACAGGGCAGUGAAGGAAGAAGACAUCAACUCGGCUGUGAAAUGCAUCGUCUUCGCCUGCGAAACCGGAUUCGCCGAGGCGGCAAUGUUGGCCGACGAACUCAAGCAAGCAGUGGCACUCAACGACAUUCAGUUGUCGAAAAUCAACUCGGCGCUUGGAAUUUUUUAGACAAUAGUAACUAGUUUUACUGAAAGCGAGA